AUGGUGCGAUCGCUCCCCAAGAAAAACAACCCGCUCAUCCUGGCCACCGAGGCUCCUGCCUACGAGGAGCUUCUCGUGCGUCGCCGCUUGGGCAAAACAAACCUUGCCGUGAAGCCUACCCAGAUUGGCACGUCGAACGCGACGAAGCCCGAGAACCUGGGACCAUUUGAAUAUGCUCACCUGCGCGCUCCCUUGCCCAAGGAUCUCAAGGGCUCCGAAAUCUUCCCAUCGCACACGCCCCAGCAGCAUCCGGAAACGUACUUCCUGAUGCGCCGGAGCAAGGAUGGUUUUGUCAGUGCUACCGGAAUGUUCAAGAUUGCCUUCCCCUGGGCGCGUCUGGAUGAAGAACGAACCGAGCGAGAAUAUUUGAAGUCCCGAGAUGAGACUAGCGAAGAUGAGAUUGCCGGAAAUGUUUGGAUCUCACCCAUCCUCGCCCUUGAGCUUGCCAGAGAGUAUCAGAUGUAUGACUGGGUUCGCGCCCUGCUGGACCCCACGGACAUCGUGCAAAGCCCAUCGAGCGCAAAGAAACAGAUUACGCCGCCUCCUCGGUUUGACCUGCCGCCUAUUGACGCACCACCUCAGCUCUCGGCCCCCGCAUUGCGCAGAAGUCGCCGUUCUGCUUCCCCGAGCAAGAAGCUCGGUUCCCCACGCAAGUCUAGACAAACGAAGGCCAUGAAGGAAGCCUCCGCAGCUGCCACCAUUGAAGCAAACGCAAGCCUGCAGUCGUCUUUGGAUGCCACGGCGGACCCAGAGCCGCUAAAUGGUAUCAUCCAGCCUAGCGUCGAGGUCGACGAGGAGAAACUGGUUCUCAGCCCGGCGAAGUCAGCGAAGCAGGCAAAAUCGGCGGUGACGCCCAAGAAGCCUAUUGCUACACCAAAGGUGAAGAAGUCUUCUAAAUCCCGACGUUUCGAAGAGCCUGUGGAAGAUUCCGUGGAAGAGUCCGUAGAGGACCAGGUCAAGAUCGAGGUGAAGGCUGACGCCGACACUGAUGCCGAUGCCCGUGAUGACGACAAGGAAGUUCAAACCACCCAGACGACCGUUUCGGUCGAGAUGCCUAUCACUCUCCCCGAGGCUCCAUCGGCAGAGGAUACCGAAAAGAUGAUCGCCCAAGCAAAGGAGAUGGUCCAGGAGGCUGUCAAGCAAACUACAGAGCAGGAGCCCGCGGAAUCGUCGGCUGCCGCUGCUAAGAAGCGCAAGACUGAUGUCCUAAGUGAGGAUGAAGAGGACGAAGAAACCAAGGCGGCUUCUUCCCAACGCGUAAAGAGGGCUAGAGUCCUCGAAGAGAAACUGAAGCGCGAGCGUGUGAGGAAUCGUGCCCUUGUGGGCGUCUCGGCUGCGUUUGCACUUGCGGUCUCUAUUCCUUACUUUUUCUAA